CACACAGACACUGGUGUAUAUAUUUGGGAAAGGAGUUUCUUCACUAAAAAUAACGAAUUUCAACAUUAAUUUUCCACACAGGAGCUGCGCAAAAAAGAGAUCCGGCUACAUUAUAAUCGCAGCUCUGUUCCCUCCGCAGUGAAUUUAACCACACAACAAAGAUGCUGAUUAAAGUGAAGACACUCACGGGAAAGGAGAUAGAGAUUGAUAUAGAGCCCACAGAUAAGGUGGAGAGGAUUAAAGAAAGGGUGGAGGAGAAGGAAGGGAUCCCUCCGCAGCAGCAGAGGUUGAUCUACAGUGGAAAACAGAUGAACGACGAGAAAACAGCAGCAGACUACAAAAUCCAGGGAGGCUCUGUUCUCCAUCUGGUUCUUGCUCUACGAGGAGGAGAGACGCUCUACUCUCUGCCUGCGUUGUAGCCAUCCUUUAAAAAAACAAAACAAAACGACAACAAGAAAAAAAACAAAAAACACGCCUUAGCUUUUUUUGAUGCCUACAUAACGCGGAUAAACUGAAGAAGAAGAAGACACACGGCCACCGGUAGCAGAUUCACCCGGUGGCGAUGUAGGCAGCCCAGAGCCAUUUGGAGAAAGAGUUAGAUGAGGUUCUACAUGUGGCAGCCAAGUCCUUACAGCCAAAAUGUGAUGGCUGCAAACACCCCCUCCUCCUCCUCUUCAUCCUCCUCCUCCUCCUCCUCCUCUUCUUCCUCCUCCUCCUCUACUCUAAUGUUGCCAUUAAAAAAAAAAAGUUACUUAAAUUGAAGAAAGCUUUACCUACAGAUUCACAAUCCAAAGCUAAUUUGGCUGCCUUCUUGCGCCCCUUCAUACAUCUCUGAGGCAGGCGAGGCUGAGUUCCCCAAAGGUUAUCUUUGUUCCCCUGACUCACACUGAGGAGGACACAUCUGUAGCAGACAGAUACUUUCGGGAAAUCCAUCCUUAGAUCCUUCAGAGUUGGACACAAACAAAGAUUUAGUUAGGGUUUUUUCUUAUUUUGUCAUUUUAUUCUACUCUCUACAAAUUGCCCCCAACUCCCUUCACCACUUCAGUAUGAUUAUUUUAAGGCUACUGGGUGUAUCAGUGUACCCCAUGUAGCUAAAAUACAUUCAAGGGAACAAAAGAAUUAAAUGACAUGUUCUGUGUUCUGUCUCCAAGAAAAAAACGUACUUAUUUUAAAUCAUGUACCCCAUCUUUACUCCUGCUUCAUGUCCAAUGAGUAGGAUAAUGUUUUAUAUGAUUUUGAUUUGCUUUUGUGCUGAUUGCAUAUUUUACUGUCACAAGACGAAGCCUGAAAACAGCUUCAGUCUAUAUGUUUGUUUAGGUUUGUUUGUAUGUUCAGAGAAGCAACUUUAACUUUUGGGAUUGCGGCGUACAGCAGCACCCAUCUGCCCCCCCCCCCCCCCCCCCCCCUUCAGUGUGUACAGAAUUGUGUGAAAUUGACCUUUUCUGUGGAUCAUUUGUCAGUAGA